AUGUCGUCGUCGCUGUCUGCAUCCACCCUGUUUGACCUGACCGGUAAAGUCGCCCUCGUCACCGGAGGCGGUACCGGACUGGGACUCACUGCCGCUCUGGCACUCGCGUCCAACGGCGCGACCGUGUACAUCAGCGGUCGACGCAAGGAGAAGCUCGACGAAGCGGUCAAGGAGUACAGUGGUAGUGUUGGGAGUGGUAAAUUGAUUGCUGUACAAGGCGAUGUAUCGUCAAAGAGCGACCUAGCGUCGAUCGCAUCUACGAUCUCCAGCUCGCAGCCCGCCCUGCACAUCCUCGUAAACAAUGCGGGUGUCGAAGGACCUAUGACCAAGUUCCCCGCCGACUCGCUCUCCACCCUGUCGGCUGCGGACCUCUCAUCCGCGCACCUCGCCUCGGAAAGCUUCGAAGACUGGGACCGCCUGUUCCGCAUCAACACGGCCUCGGUCUUCUUCUCCACCAUGACCUUCCUCCCGCUCCUGCACGCCUCGCACACCUCCACCUGGACAUCGAGCGUCAUCAACAUCACGAGCAUCUCGGGCAUCGUCAAGCUCAGCCAGUUCCACUACGCCUACAACGCCAGCAAGGCUGCCGCCAACCACCUGACGCAGAUGCUGUCGCACGAGCUGAGGUUCCGCAGCAAUUUGGGCGUCCGCGUCAACGCCAUCGCCCCGGGCCUGUUCAGCAGCGAGAUGACAAGCGGCGGGAAGAGCAACAAGGGAAAAACCAGCAGUGACGAUGUCAAGGGGCAUGAGAACCCCGCGGGCAGGGUCGGCAGUGAGGACGAGUAUGCACAGCUCGUCCUGCUGCUCGCCGGCAAUGGGUUCAUGACGGGACAGAUUGUCGCUGUGGAUGGUGGGUUUGUGACUGCUGUUGCUGCCAACCGUUGA